CCCCGUCUUCGUUUUGCACGCGUGCACUCGUUCUCGUAUUUGUCUCCUCCUCGUCUUCUCGUUCUUCUUGUCAGAGCUCUGUCAAGCCGGCUUCCGAACAUGGUCGGCUUAGUCGCGUUUUGAACGUCGUGCGAUGGACUUCGAUCGGUUUCGAAUGUAAUUUCGUAUGUAAACGCGAAUGACGAGAGAUAUAUGUAUAUACAUACGUACAUACAUGCAUACAUACAUACGUACAUUCUUGCUUCUUCUCUUAGCAAUUUUCAGUUAUCGCAGAUGUCUAGAAGUGAACCGAGUGUGAUCUCUCCGCUGUAAAAGAACAGAAACUUACAUAUUUCUCUCUCUCUCUCUUUUCUUCCAGCCGAUUCCUUUCUUGUUUGUUCUUUUUAUCGUUGCUAUUGUUAUCGUUAUCGUUAUUACGAAUAUCGGAAGAGAGACGGAGAAUAGUCGGUGCGUCGAGGUACGAUCGUCGCGCUUGAAAAACGAACGAAGCACUUUGCAAUUGUAAGAGGUGUUCGUCAAAGUUCGACGAUAGGAAGACCGAACGUUUCGAAACAACGUCGAUCGUGUCUAGGAGAAGAGCGAACGAUACUCGGGGCGCGUUCGUCGAACGCGAAAGAACGUACUCCGGGUACGGCAUCGCGCACGGUAUCGAUACGAGUUAUCGAUGUCGACGGAGCGAUAUCGAAGUUGACGCGCGCGCAUCGGGAACGAAACGACGUCGUCGGCAGCUGUCGGCGAGGAGGAAUUAGCAAUAGUUUCCGAUCGUCGAAUCUUCGAAACUCCGACGCGAUAUCCGCGAGACGUCGACUCGAAACGAACAAUUCGUUUGAAAUCGAAACGAAACGAAACGAUGAAAGAAGGAAUACUCGAUGUGUUUCGGGGACCGGAGACGGAGGAAAGGGAAGAAGAAAACCGUAACCGCGACGAUCGAACGGACGCGACUCGUUUCGUCUCGCGAGAGUCGUGAAACGAACGAAGAAAAUGUUCGGGAUCGAAUCGAACGCGGAAAGGUGAUCGAAUCAGUUAUCGAAAUAUUUGGACGGCCCUCGCGCGUCGCCUAUCGUAUCUCGCCUCGCGACCUCGCUUCUCGAGAAUACGAGAAUACGAGAAUACGAGAAUACGAGAAUACGAGAAUACGAGAAUACGAGAAUACGAGAAUACGAAAAGACGGGAAUAUGAGAAUACGACGAGCGUAGUGCCAUGCUGCUACCAGUGGCUAUGCGUUUGGAACAAAAGUCCAGCGCCGAGAAGAUUGCAGGUACACAAGAGCGAUAUCAGCAUCGGCAUCGUAACCUUUGUUAUCCCGAUCAACGUCAUCGUCGUCGACGUCCACCGAAGCAGGAAGAUCGUCGACGUUGUCGUCGUCGUCCUCGUCGUAAUCGCGACAACGACUGUCGCCGGCGUCACCGUUACCACCGUCGCCGUCACCACCAUCGUCGACGCAAACAUCAUCGGCGCGAUCGUCGAAACGAUUAUCGGCAACAACGUUGUCACCGUCGUUCGCGAAACUCGGACUGUCGCCGUAUCGCAUCGUCGUUACCCUCGCCAACGUUACUGUCCAACGAUAAUUCGUCUUCGUCUCAACUUAUAAAUAUGUUUACAGCAGCGAGAGAACGCUUCCCCUCGUCGAGCAGUACGGACGACGAUCAAAGCGGCUCCGAUACGGAACAGGAUUCGAACGCGUUGCGCGGAAAAGUUCACUCUGGAAUACUUCAUCAUUCGGGUGCUCAUUCCGUGAGGAAACGUCGAGGAAACUUGCCGAAACAUUCGGUGAAAAUUUUGAAGCGUUGGCUUUACGAACACAGAUACAAUGCUUAUCCGAGCGACAGCGAAAAGUUGACGCUGAGUCAAGAAGCGAACCUCACGGUGUUACAGGUGUGCAAUUGGUUCAUAAAUGCUAGACGACGAAUUUUGCCGGAAAUGAUACGAAGGGAGGGACACGAUCCUCUGCAGUACACGAUUUCGCGACGCGGCAAGAAAAUGCCUGCUGGAAGUCAUCAACAAUCGUCCAGCCUUAGCUCGAGAACCAAUCAAAACUGGGACACGUUGGCUGGUAUGAGCGCCCCAAAACGUAGCAGGGACCACGACUACGAAGAUCCUACCGGAUUAAUGUAUCGAAGCGAGGAGGAUAGUCCGAACGAUUACGAGAGCAGUUCGCACAGCGAAGAAGAACGUCCGACGACGCAAUGGCCUAGCGUGAUAGUUUAUCCUUAUUCGGAAACGAAGAUCGAGCAAAACGUUGCUCAGCUGGGUACUUACGAGGAAACGAUCGCCCAUCCUGCGCGACGAGGAGACGACGAUGAAUCCUCGAUGACGAACGAUGCUCCGUAUUGGAGUGCUCCUAGACAGCAUUUGAUCCAAACUCCCGACGUGCAGCACGAAACGGAAGUAUACAGUACUCAUAACGCUCAUAGUCCACACACGGACGAGACUCCGCCACCGACGCCACCGGAGGAAGACAAAGACAAGUUCAAGUGUCUUUACUUGCUGGUCGAAGCAGCUGUUGCUGUGCGACAACAGGAAAAAGAACGCGAAGGAACUGUACCAGUUUAACGAGAGCAGAGCUCGCCGAUGUCAUUGCUCGUGCGGUCGUUCAUAUCGAUCUUUUUUUAUCUUUCAAUUUCAUCAUCGUUAUCCACCUGUGGGGGUCGAACAGUGGCUAGGGAUGUGAUGGGUUGGGAUGGGAU